UUUUUUUUGUUUUGUUUGUUUUGAGUAAAUGACAAUUUUUUUGUUUGUUUCUUUAGGUUAUCUCAUUUUAUAAAUAAAUAAAUAAACAACAUUUGAAAGAGGAAAAAAAAUGUCUCGUACGAAUAAAGUAUCUUGUCCAUCACAUCCAGAUGCAGCAUUGAUUGAAGAUUAUCGUGCAGGUGAUUUAGUUUGUCCAGAAUGUGGACUAGUUGUUGGUGAUCGUGUUGUUGAUGUUGGAUCAGAAUGGCGUACAUUUAGUAAUGAUAAAGCAACAUCGGAUCCAUCACGUGUUGGUGCAGCGGAAAAUCCAUUAUUGGAAGGUUCAGAUCUGACAACAAUGAUUGGCCGUAGUAGUUCGAAUGCUGCAUUCGAUGAAAGUGGUCAACCAAAAUAUUUUAAUCGUAAACAGAUGAGCAGUUCAGAUCGUGCAUUAGUAAAUACAUUCAAAGAAAUUAGUAGCAUGUCCGAUAAAAUUAAUCUUACUAAAACAAUUGUUGAUCGUGCUAAUCUAUUAUUCAAACAAGUACAUGAUGGCCGUACAUUAAAAGGACGAAGUAAUGAAGCUAUUGCAUCGGCUUGUCUUUAUAUUGCCUGUCGCCAAGAAGGUGUACCACGAACAUUCAAAGAAAUUUGUGCUGUUUCAAAUGUUUCAAAAAAAGAGAUUGGCCGUUGUUUUAAACUUAUAUUGAAAGCAUUAGAAACUUCUGUUGAUCUCAUUACUACGGGAGAUUUUAUGUCAAGAUUUUGUUCGAACCUAGGGUUAUCGAAUGCUGUACAACGUGCGGCAACAUAUAUCGCACGAAAAGCAGUCGAAUUGGAUAUGGUACCUGGUCGUAGUCCAAUAUCGGUUGCAGCUGCUGCUAUUUAUAUGGCAUCACAAGCAUCGGCUGAUAAAAAAUCACAAAAAGAAAUUGGUGAUAUUGCCGGUGUUGCCGAUGUUACCAUACGACAAUCAUAUAAAUUAAUGAUUAAAGAUGCUGCAAAACUUUUUCCACCGGAUUUUAAAUUUGUUACACCUAUUGAUCAAUUACCACAAAUGUGAUUUUUUCUUUUCCUUGAAACAAAACAAAACAAACAAAAAGGCAUAUUCAUUUACAUAAACAAAUUACAUUCAAUCAUCAAUUCAUUCAUUUUACUCAAACUACACUUUCAUCGAUUUUUUUUC